UAUAUAUAAUCUCAUCCAUGGAUGUUGAUCACUAGCCACAUGUGCCUACUGUUGACUGUUCCAAAUAAGUAAGUAGUUUUUUUAAUUGCUUUGGGUGUUCUCUAUAUACGCACAAAUUUGAAAAUAAUUACUUAUUAGAAAUACUUGGUGGUUUUAUUUCUCAUUCUUCCAAUAAUUUAGGAAACAAGUAAAGUUUAUUUCAAAUUUAAUAAUAAUCACGUUUUUAGUCUUAAUUAAAAUUUGUUUCUUUCCAAAUGUAUUAAUUUUUUUUACGUAUCCUAUUAAAACAGGCGAAUAUUUUAAAGAAGGAAAGAUGGCGUCUCUGAUUAAAGACGGAAUUUUGUCAUUGUGCUCCUUCCUUAAAAACGAAGCCAUAGCUCUUGCAGACGUAAUUUCUCCUCCAGAUUUUAUUCUUAAUUCUGUUCUCGGAAAUUCUGAUGGACAAGUUUACGAACAUCUUUAUAAUGCCAUUGUUCAGAGAUCGGGAGCGCAAGACAGGCCGUUCUGGUGGAAGGAAUUUCUCAAAAAACCUUCGGUUCAUUCUAUACGAGCUAAACUUUAAAAAAAUCUUCUGCGUUUUUACUGCCAUUCCAUUUUAUAUCUGCAUUUUAUUUUUUAUGAGUUUAUCAUUAAAACCAGUAUUAUUAUUAUUAUUAUUAUGCUUUUUAAUAUGUAUAAUUUCGAUCUGCAUAAUUUUUAUGCAAUUUGUUGUUUUUGGUUAAAUAAAAUUGGGAAAGUU